UGAACUUCCACACUGCAUCAGUCUGUUGGUCUCCGCUCUGCCCCAGAGUCAAUCUGAACUCCAGCUUCCUGUGUCUCUCUGAGUUUCCUCGGGAUUGUCCCAUCAUGCAUCUCCGGUUCAUCCUCUGCGUAACGGCCCUGCUCGUGUGCCCGUACCUCAUCACCGGGUCGCGGAUAGCCAAACGCUUCGCCAUCGGCUGCCCGGAAAAGUGCGACAAGUCGCAGUGCGCCCCGAUCCCCGCUGACUGUCUGGCCGGUGACGUGCUGGACCGCUGCGACUGCUGUCCGGUGUGCGCGUCCGGCGAGGGCGAGCAGUGCGGCGGCACCGGGGACCAGGAGUGCGCAGAGGGGAUGGAGUGCGUGGUGACCGACGGCGUGGAGGUGUCCGCCACCGUGAGGCGGAGGGGCAAGGCCGGGAUGUGCGUGUGCACCAGCUCCGACCCGGUGUGCGGCAGUGACGGUGUGUCGUACCGGAACAUCUGCGAGCUGAAGCGCGUCAGCAACCGGGCGACGAAGCUGCAGCAGCCGCCGGUGAUUUUCAUCCAGAGAGGAGCCUGCGGGAAAGCUCAGCAGAAUCCUGACAGUCUUCGUUACAAGUACAACUUCAUCGCAGACGUGGUGGAGAAGAUCGCACCUGCUGUCGUUCAUAUUGAACUGUACCGCAAGAUGAUAUUCUCAAAGCGAGAGGUGGCGGUCGCCAGCGGCUCUGGGUUUGUUGUGUCAGAGGACGGACUCAUUGUCACCAAUGCUCACGUGGUCGCCAACAAGCACAGAGUAAAGGUGGAGCUGAAGAGCGGAGCCACAUUCGACGCCAAGAUCAAAGAUGUGGACGAGAAGGCCGACAUCGCUCUGAUCAAGAUCGAUGCACCGAUGAAGCUGCCAGUGCUGCUCCUCGGCCGGUCGGCGGACCUUCGUCCUGGCGAGUUUGUGGUCGCCAUCGGCAGCCCGUUCUCCCUGCAGAACACCGUCACCACCGGCAUUGUCAGCACCACCCAGAGGGGAGGCAAAGAGCUGGGCCUCCGCAAAUCUGACAUGGACUACAUCCAGACCGACGCCAUCAUCAACUACGGCAACUCAGGAGGACCACUGGUCAAUCUGGAUGGAGAGGUGAUCGGUAUCAACACUCUGAAGGUCACAGCAGGAAUCUCCUUCGCCAUCCCCUCGGACAAAAUCAGACAGUUCCUGGCAGAGUCACAUGACAGACAGGCCAAAGGUAAAACAUUACAGAAGAAGAAAUACAUCGGCGUCAGAAUGAUGAGUCUCACUCCAACGCUGGCCAAGGAGCUGAAGGAGCGGCAUUCAGACUUCCCAGAUGUCACCUCGGGGGCGUACGUCAUUGAGGUCAUCAGCCGGACUCCAGCUGAGGCCGCUGGCCUGAAGGAGGGAGAUGUCAUCAUCACCAUCAAUGGCGAGCGAAUCACCUCGGCCAGCGACGUCAGUGGCGCCAUCAAGCAGGAUGAGACGCUGCGAACAGUGGUGAGGCGAGGCAACGAGGACGUCAUGCUCACCAUUGUCCCCGAGGAGAUCGAGCCUUGAUGUCGCAGCUAGAAUGAGCAAACAAUCAAUAACCCAACCCUUCAACCAAUCCCGAGCUGGCUCUCAGUGUUUUUCAACCAAUCAUGAACACUUUGAAAAACCAAGCAACCAAUAGAGGGGGGUGUGUGUGUGUGUGUGUGUGUGUGUGUGUGUCUGGGGCCACACCUACUGCGUUUAAGAACUUGUAAUUAUGAGCACUACUACUCUUCCAUGCUGUUAGGCUCGCACACACCUUCAAAGCUCCGACUUCAUGACUCUGGGAUCUGAAGCUUCCGCCCUGUCGUCAUGCUUCUCAUGUUAGUUCCAUUUUUCAUCUAAUCCCAAUUUACUUUCCGUCAUCACUGACCUUUUAUAUUCUACUAACGCCAUCUGUCGCUACCAAGAGGUUACUGCAGGUUACCGUAGUUCUGUUUUGUUGUGUUAUGUUCUUGAUGGAAUAUUUUUUAUUGUAUUUUUGUCUCUUUGUGUUUGAUGACAAUUUUUCAAAAAAGGAAUAAAAUUAUUUU